AUGGCCAAGAAGAGAAAGGCCUCUGCGCCCGCGCGCACCGGCCCCAAGGAGCUCGACCCCGCCGACGCUCGCCUUGGUCCCAUCACCACCUACGAAGAUGUUGCCGAUUCCGAGGACGAGUACUUCAUGAACCGCGACAAGAUCAUGUUCGACGAGCAGCCCAAGUCGAAAAGGAGAAAGAGGGACGAAGAGGAGGAUAAGUUCUUGGAGCACUCGGACGAGGAGGUCUUGGACUUUGACGACGGCGACGACUCCGAGGAAGAGGAAAGGAAGGCGGAGCUGAAGAAGGCCAAAAAGGCCGCGAAGAAGGGGCAGGCUGUUGCUGAGUCCGAUGAAGAGGAAGAGGGUGAAGGAGACGAGGCCGACCCAAGCUGGUGGGGAUCCUCGAAGAAGGAGUACUACAAUGCCGACCAGAUCGAGACGGAGGCCGACGCCCUCGAGGAAGAGGCUGAGGCCAAGCGCCUGCAGCAGAAGAAGCUGGCCAAGAUGUCCGAGGAGGACUUCUUGUUCGACGAAGGAGAGUGGCUGGCUUCCAAGCCUGACGAAGCCGAGGACCAGGAGGUUGUCACCGAGGUUCUUAAGGACAUCGAGAUCACAGACGACAUGGGCCCCGAAGAGCGCAGGAAGAUGCUCCAAAGCAAAUACCCCGAAUUUGAGCACUUGGUGAACGAGUUCCAGGACCUGCAACCGCAGCUUGUCACCCUUCAGAAGGAGGCACAUGGCAAGUCCAGCCAAUCGCUCGAGGCUGUCAAAUACUGGAUUCUGGGGUGCUACGUCGCCGCUCUCGCAAGCUACUUCGCCAUUCUCACAUCACCAUCCCGCGACGGUUCAUCAACACAAAAGACUCUGGAUCCUGCGGAGCUCCGUGACCACGAGGUCAUGGAAACACUUCUCGAGUGCCGCGAGGCCUGGCAACAAGUAAAGACCGUCAGGCCAGCCGCCCCGGUCGACUCGAUGGACGUCUCGGAAGAGGAAGCAGUCAUUCCCGAGGAGGACGAAGACGACGCUGCGAUUGCCGCCGCAAGAGAGGAAGCUCGCAGGCUCAGAAAGCUCGAGAAGGCCUCCAAGGCCAAGAAGAAGCAAGCACAGGCUGUCGAAGACUCUCUCAAAGACCUCGACGACCUCCUCAAGCCGUCCAAGAAGACCAAGAAGGCGAAGAAGGCUGCCAAGACGACCGCCGACGAGGACGACAACUCGGACUUUGGCGAGGAAGAAAUCCUCGACGCCCGCACCGCUGCCGACAAGGCCGCUCGCAAGAAGUCCCUGCGCUUCUACACCUCCCAGAUUGUGCAAAAGGCCAACAGGCGCACCGACGCCGGCCGCGACGCCGGUGGAGAUCACGAUCUGCCCUACCGCGAGCGUCUCCGCGACCGCCAGGCCCGUCUCAAUGCCGAGGCCGAGCGCCGUGGACAAAAGGGCUCCAAGUACGGCGCGGACCUCGGAGACGAGGGAAGCGGCGACGAGGACGACGCCAGGACCGCUGCCGCGCUGCGUGGUGAUGGUGACGAUGAGUACUACGACAUGGUCGCGGCCAAGUCCAAGAAGAAGAAGGAGGAGAACAAGGCAUACUACGACGCUCUCAAGGCGGCUGGCAAGGCGGACCGCGUUGUCGAGCAGGAGGUCGUUGGGGCGGACGGCAAGCGCAAGAUCACGUACGCCAUCGAGAAGAACAAGGGUCUCACGCCAAAGCGCAAGAAGGAGAACCGCAACCCGCGUGUGAAAAAGAAGAUGCAGUACGCAGAGAAGCAGAAGAAGCUGAGGAGCAUGAAGGCCCAAUGGAAGGGAGGCGAGCCCAAGGGCGGUUAUGGCGGAGAAAUGUCCGGUAUCACAACGGGCAUUGUCAGGGCAAGGAAAUUGUAG